GAUCCCCAGGGUGGACCUGGAGGGGUGCUCGCCGGAUGGAGCCAGCGGACUUGGAGCCGCGGGGCAGGAGGGAUGGCCCAACGGCCCUGGCGCUGAGCGCGGCGGUGGCGGCGCUGGUGGCCGGCCUGUUCCUGCUGCAGGGAGAGGACGCAGGGCCGGGGGCGGGCGCUAGCAUGGCCGAGAUAGAGGCGCUGCCGAAGCUUCGGGAAGACUUCAGGAUGCAGAAUAAAUCUGUUUUUAUUCUGGGCGCCAGUGGGGAAACCGGUAAAGUGCUCUUAAAAGAAAUCCUGGUGCAGAAUCUGUUUUCUAAAGUCACACUUAUUGGCCGGAGGAAGCUCACUUUCCAUGAGGAGGCUUAUAAAAAUGUGAAUCAAGAAGUGGUGGACUUUGACAAAUUGGAUGACUACGCUUCUGCCUUUCAAGGUCAUGAUGUUGGAUUCUGUUGCCUGGGUACCACCAGGGGAAAAGCUGGGGCGGAAGGGUUUGUUCGUGUUGAUCGUGAUUACGUCCUGAAGUCUGCAGAGCUGGCAAAGGCUGGAGGAUGCAAACACUUCAGCUUGCUGAGUUCUAAAGGAGCUGAUAAAUCGAGCAACUUUUUAUAUCUGCAAGUUAAGGGAGAAGUGGAAGCCAGGGUUGAAGAAUUAAAAUUUGAUCGUUACUCAAUAUUUAGGCCUGGAGUUCUUUUAUGUGAGAGGCAAGAAUCUCGCCCAGCUGAAUGGUUGGUUAGGAAAUUCUUUGGCUCCUUACCAGCAUCUUGGGCCAGUGGGCACGCUAUUCCUGUGGUGACCUUGGUUAGAGCGAUGCUGAACAAUGCAGUGAGACCAAGCGACAACAAGAAAGAACUACUGGAGAAUAAAGCCAUCCUUGACCUGGGAAAAGCCGGUGGCCCUCUCAAGCCUUGACCACACUGAGGAAUACUUUAUUGUAACACCUCAACAGUCACCACC